GUACACUCACUCACCAGUCUGACUUGUUAGCUGUAAUCCGUUGAUCUCGGAUCCACGCAGACACGAGCGAUGGCAACCAGGUGGGGAAUAUGCAGCGCUGGCAAGAUCAGUCACGACUUCAUGGUGGCCCUGAAAACACUUCCACCUGAAGACCACCAGGCUGUGGCAGUGGCUGCCCGCAACUUAGAGGAUGCCAAGAAGUUUGGCAAAACGCACAACAUCCCUCGAGCGUGCGGCAGCUACGAGGAGCUGGCCAAAGAUCCCAACAUCGAUGUGGUGUACAUCGGCACCAUCCAGACCAACCACCUGAGCGCCUGUUUGCUCUUCCUCAAUGCCAAGAAGCCCGUCCUGUGUGAGAAGUCCCUGGCCAUGACACCCAAGGAGGUGAAGGAGAUCCUGGCCUGCGCCAAGAAGAACAACGUCUUCCUCAUGGAGGCAAUUUGGAGCCGAUUCUUCCCGGCCUACAGAGAGAUCCGGCGGCUGGUCGCCCAGGGCGAGAUCGGUGACGUGAGGAUGGUCCGGUCCGAGUUUGGCCUGUCUGUGCUUCCUCUCCCGAGACUGGAGCUAAAGGAGCUUGGCGGAGGAGCGUUGCUGGACAUCGGCCUUUACCCGCUGCAAUUCUCCAUCAUGGUGUACGGCGGAGAGAGGCCAGAGAGCAUCAAAACCGAGGGAGUCAUCCUAGAUACUGGAGUGGACGAGACCUUGGUGGUGACGCUGAAGUUUUCCAACAACAGGAUGGCGGUGUUCACCAGCUCCUCAGGGCUGCAGCUCUACAAUGACGCAAUCGUGGUGGGCAACAAGGGUUUAAUCCGGUUCCCAUCACACAUGUGGUGCCCCGAGACCAUGGUGGUAAAUGGGAAGGAGACCAAGUACCCUCUCCCGGAGCCUCACUUGCCCCUCAACUUUGUUCACAGCACAGGGUUGCGCUAUGAGGCGGAGGAGGUCCGACAGUGUUUGCUCAAAGGAAUGACGGAAAGUCCAAUCAUGUCUCACGCAGAGUCUCUGCUGCUGGCGGAAAUCAAAGAAGAAAUUCUUAAACAAGUCGGGGUGGUGUAUGAUUGAAUUUUCUUUUUUUGGAAAGCUUUAUUUUGGGCAGGGUGUAAAUAUUUUACUUUCAAGAUUAAAUUUACCCUUUUUAAGAUGUUCUUUCUUUGCUAUUUUGAAAAAUGCAAAGUCGGUCAUCUGAAAAUAAAGCACUGACAAAAAUGGA